AUGCGCGUGAGCGGCAUGAUAGGCGGAGGAGCGGGGAGCGGCAUGAUGGGCGGAGGGACGGGGAGCAGCAUGAUGGGCGGAGGGGCGGGGAGUGCGGAGGAGCUGUCGUUGGAGCAGCUGAUGGGUGUGAGCCGAUGGUGCGUGCUGCGCGCCGUGGAGGUUGAGGUAACGGCGAGAAUGGCGGAGAGGGAAAAGAUAUUGAGAGAGGAAGCGAGGGAGAGGGAGGAAGCAAUUACUAGGUUGAGAGAGGAAGACAGAAAUACGAUGAGGGAUAUGGAGAAGCAAGUUGCUGUAGCUGUGGCGAGGGCAGAGGCGCAGGAGGAGGAGCUGAUGGAUUUGCUGGGCGACAAUGCGAGGGCGAGGGAGGAGGUGAGGGAGUUGAACGACGCGGCCGAGGAGUUGCUGGCCUUGUUGAGGACGAUUCGAAAGGCGUGGCAGGAAGAUGUGCAGCUCGAGUUGCAAGCACGGCGGACGGAAAGGUGCAAGCGAGCUCGCACAUCAGAUGGCUCGGCUGCACGCAUGACGGGGCAUCUGGAAGCCCUAUCAACCCAGGUGCACUAUGUGCGCACCAAGGCAGGGCUAGUGAGUUGUUUCACGUGCGGACUGGGGUUUCAGUAUGGAGUGGGUGGCAGAGAUGGGAAUGCAAGAAGGGAGGAGGAAGAAGAAAUGUGUGGUCGGGCGGACGGGGGGGAGGAGAAGGUGGACAAGGUGAAUAACCACGGGCGAAUUAACUCGCCCGGCGAUGACAUCCGUGUAGCCAUGGCAAAGAACGCGAGCAAGGCGGGAAGUCCUACCGCGGCCUCCGGUGCGAGCUGUGACGGGGGCGACGGAGAAGAAGCGAACGGCGAUGACGCUGAGGAGGAUUGGCCGGAGAACGGCCACGACGACAGCACUUCGGUUGACGAAUUAGGUCCUGCCGACAUCGAGGAGGACGAAUGGUGGAAUCGGCCGGUCGGGAGCGACGACGAGGUGGAAGAGUGGCGGGCUAGAGAUUCGGACAAUGACGGAGGUGAAAAUGCGAAUAGUGACAACGCGGAGGCAGCGGCGGAUGCACAGGAAGCGGCGAUGGAUGCGAAUGAGGAGGCUGAAGACGGUGCGGCCGCAGUUGCGGAUGCGGAUGCUGUGGCAGAGUCGGACACGGUUGCUGCGGAUGCCGUCUUAUUUGACGGUGAAAGCAGCGACGACGACCCAUGGAGCCUUGGGACAGACGACGACGUUCCGCUACUGAAGCGGAGGCUGCGCCAUCGCCUACAGUCCAAGUCGAAGCAGGCCCGCGUGGUGCUCUCUGACGACGACAGUCCGGGGGAGGAGCGUCGCCCGAAACUCACCGUUGCGGAGAAGGGAAAGGCCAAAGUUGCGGAAGCCCCUGCUAAGGCCCCUGCUCGUCGCCGCACAAGCAACAAGAAGCGGACAUCCGACGGAGACCCGGGAUCUAGCAAGGGUGCGGCUAAGAAGAAGGCGAAGAAGGCGCCGAAUCCUGACGACAUCGUCGUGAACGAGACUUUGGGCAGCGACGAUGAGUACGCAGCGGCGGCGGGCCCGAUUCCCACGUUCCCUGAGAAGGUCACGCCGAAGGACCCCACCCUCCAUAAUUCCAACACCCGCCCACCUUCCCCUCGUAGCAAGGACACUACGAGGAAGCGCCGCGGUUGGACCGUGCGUGAGAAGCUUAAGUGGGCGCGCCGCUAUCUGGAGCUCGGCUCCUUGAAGAAGACGAACGUGGAGUCAACCGCGUCCAUCGCCUGCAUCAGACGCUGGAGUGCGGAGGCGGCUGCGGGCGUCUACAAGGGCGCGGCUAACUGCCGCAAGCAGAUGCACGGGGGGGGGGGGGGGGGGGGGGGGGGGGGGGGGGGGGCGCCACUCACACUACCCUGA